UAUAAUACCAGCGCGUGGUACCCGAAGCAUUUCGAUGCCAGCUACAGCCCCUUCCUCCACGCAAAGUAAGAAGGAAACAAAAACAAGAGGAUCAAGCUUGGUUCGGUGAAGCGAAGGAUCGAGACCCCUUUUCCGUUGUCAGCGCAGUGAUGGGCCAGUCCAAGCAACAGAGAGCGGCGGAACACGGACAAGACAACCGGUCUAAGAAGCAGAAGAACAAGCGGGCGAAAGACGAGGGCGACGACGACGGCGGCGGCGGCGGCGGAGACGAAGCCUCGUUCCCGCUCAUGAGGCUGCCGCGCGAGCUGCGCAACCGCGUGUACGAAUUCCACCUCGAGUCCGUGUACGAGGCGUCGCGGCCGCUGAGUCGGCUGCGCGAGGUCGUCGACGGGAGCGCGGAGCCGUCCGUGGCCGCGCUCCAGGACGUGUGGAGCGCCGAGCGCGGCGCCGUCGUCUACCGCGGCUACUACCAGCCCGUGUACCACGCGGAGCUCCGGCCGGGCGACGUCGAGGAGUACUACUGGGUGCACGGGACCGGGUGGGUGGCGAGGGAGUACACGACGCCGGCGCUGCUGGCCGUGGCCGGGUCGCGGGCGGCGCGGGAGGCGCACGAGUGCUACGUCGAGCGCAAGCUGCUCGUCGACCUCGACACCGUCAACCGGUUCCAGACGUGGUGUCUGGACCUGCCGGACGAGGGCAUCCGGCGCAUCCGGCGCCUGCACGUCGCCUGCCGCGCCUCGUACGCGGCCCCGGCGCGGCUGCGCGGCCGCCUCGACGCCGCCACGCAGCUGACGUCCGACCGGCCGCUGUUUCUGAUCCGCGUCGCCGACGCCAGCCGCGAGCUCGUCGUCUCGGCGCUGUACCGCCCCGUCGACCACGAGCUGCGCGUGCUGCGGAGAAACUUGGCCACGCUGGUCGCGCCCCUGCUCGAGAAGGGAAAGUCGUCGUUCGACGGCGAGGACGUCGUCGAGGCCCUCUUCGCGCUCCACUGCAAGACCGUCGGCGAACGCGACAGAAUCGUGAUCGGGCCUUUGAAGAAGGGCAUCAUAGGCUGGACGUUCGUCCUCGACGAAGACGACGUUGCGGGCAUCGGCCCUCUGGACGGCCGGUCGCCCCAGGACUUGAUCGAGGAGAUUCACGACCGCAGCAAUCUGAGGAGGCAGCGUCUUUUUCGGGCGCGUAUUGGCGAAGGCAUUCUUGACAGUUGAUGGAUGGUUACUGCGGCACAAGCUUUUUAUUGUUGCUUUCUUUUCCCCAGUGUCUAGUCUCUGUGGAAGCUAGUCUGAGUCUUGAUUGUACAGUCUAGAGCGAUUGAAGGACGUACUAACUCAACCUCGUUCCAUCCAUCCAAUUUAGUGCUCAUAUCUCUCUUUGUCAAUUAUUCAUUUGAAGCAUAAUCACGAUAGAAAGCG